UUGCCCGCCCGGCCGUCCGGCCCCGGCGCGCCGCUGGAAGGGCUGGUGAAGCUGAAGGCGAGGCAGCCGCGGCAGCGCCUGGGACGCGCCUGGCCACCGGGCUCGCUCCCUGCGCCCCGGGGCGGGCCAAGUUCGGGGCAGGGACGUUGGGCGGACGUCUUAGAAGCACUGCAGUAUGUCUUACCUCAGUGGACUGUGUAACAAGGUAAACUCGUUACUGUUUGAGGCAUUAGAGAAAUUGUCACUAUCCCAUCCAGGCACUGGGACCUUGUGAUGAACCAAAUCAACCCUGUCACGUUAUAGAUGAAGGAACUAAGGCUCAGGUGAGUCAAGUGACUUAUCCAAAGUUGCCUGGCUGGUUGGCUGGAUUGCCUGAAUCCCAGGCCUCAUAACUUUUGUGGCACUUGCAUUUCCCUUUUGCCCUUUCUUUUCUGGGAUAAAUAACCUGCAUCCCUUCCCUCCUAGGUCUUAUUCUCUAAACCCUUGAAUUAUUUAGUGUAUCUUCUUUGACUACCUUUCUGUUCUUCUGUCCUGAAAUUAUGGGCCUGAUACAUGAUACAGGAGUCCAGCCGAGGGCUAAGAAUGAACAAGAAAGUAGUUCAGUUAGAUUUCCAUUAUCUGUGACAUGCCUGUAUUUUCUGGAUUUUUUAGGUUGUGCUUUUUAACGUUAAGCAAAGCAGAGAUAGAAGGGAAAAUCUGUUACCGUUUCUUCCACUUCUAUACUUAAUUUUAAAGCUAAAUAUAACUUUUUUCUUAUUGCUCAUGAUUGGAAGUUGACUAUUUGGUGUUCACUUGCUGUUUAAGAAACAUUUUUGCCAGAGAAAGGAAAUAGGCUGGAGAAUACCAUGGAAUCAGAGUAUUAGAAAGGAUCUCAUGGGUCCUAGGCAGUCCUUCAAAUGAUUCAGAAACUGAGUGAGCCCAGUACGGGUAGGUAGGACCUGUCCAGAGCCACCUGGGUUUUGGCUGAAAGUUUUUGUACCAAAAAGACUGACUCCUCAUCUCCCACCAUGGUCCAGAUGUCUUUGUACUUGGUGGUGUGGAUUGGCUGUGUCACUUCUCUAAAGGAGUUGUGAAAACUCCAAAAAAUCAAACCCAGUUUUGAGCCUGUGCCUUGCAUGCCAGUCUCAUAAAUGACAUUAUUAGGAACUCAGGUCAGGAUUAAGGACAGUUCUAUUUAAAAAAGAAGGUGUAGCAGAUUGUAUUUUUCCCAAAGGUUCUCACCCAUAAGUAUCCCCUUCCACAUGUAGUUACAGCUUGACAUUGUCCACUUCCCACCCAGUGGUGGGGUUUGUGAUUCCCUCCUCUUGAAUGUGAGUAGGGACUUGUUGUUUCCUUGACCAGUGAGUUAAGACAAACCUUAUCCAAGGCUGAAUCAGGGAAAGGAUACACCUUCACCUGGCUUGGUCGCUUUCUUGGGACACUCACUUUUGGAAUGUAGUCACCACUUCUAGGACAUUUCCAGGCCACAUAGAGGGGUUCUAGCAAGCACUCCUGCCAAUAAUGCCAACAUCAUCCUACAGACGUGAGAGAAUGUGAGACCCUCUAGGGGAGUCUAGCCCUCAGCCUUUGAGCCUUUCAGCAAGGCCUCAGGCAUGGUAGAGCAGAGACAGGUCAUCCCCUUGUGCUACACUGUCCGAAUUUCUGACCAGUAGAAACCGUGACAGGGAGUAAAUGAUAACUAUUGUUUUAAGCCACUAAAUAUUGAGGUAAUUUAUUAUGCAGGAAUAGACACCUAAUAAGAAAGGGGAUGUGAGUGGAGACAGGGCCUCAGUAUUUGGACUUGGAGCUGAGCACAGAAGGCAGGGAGGACACUUGCCCUGAUUGUCAAGACUAUCUAGAUUCUGUUUUUCUCAUUGUUGCAGGUGCUGGUGGCUGCAUAAUGAAUCACCCCAGAACUUAGUGGCUUACAACAACAGACUCAUUAACAUCUCAGCUAUGUGGUUCUUGCUUGUGGUCUUUCACAUGGUUGCAGUCAGGUGCAUGGCUGCUUCCUAAUCCCAUAGUCCAGAGGAAGCAUCCCUAGGACUGCGGGCAAGGGAGCUGGGCAAGCCCAGGGCAGCCUUGAGACCUCCCCUUGCCUGCCCUCCCCCGUGGGGGCCAGGAUGCUGAAGAAGCAGUCUGCAGGGCUUGUGCUGUGGGGCGCUAUCCUCUUUGUGGCAUGGAAUGCCCUGCUGCUCCUUUUCUUCUGGACACGCCCAGCACCUGGCAGGCCACCUUCAGUCAGUGCUCUCGAUGACGACCCUGCCGGCCUCACCCGUGAAGUGAUUCGCCUGGCCCAAGACGCCGAGGUGGAGUUGGAGCGGCAGCGUGGGCUGCUGCAGCAGAUUGGGGAUGCCCUGUGGAGUCAGCGGUGGAGGGUGCCCACAGCGGCCCCUCCCGCCCAGCCGCGUGUGCCUGUGACCCCAGCGCCAGCGGUGAUUCCCAUCCUAGUCAUUGCCUGUGACCGCAGCACUGUCCGGCGCUGCCUGGACAAGCUGCUGCAUUAUCGGCCCUCAGCUGAGCUCUUCCCCAUCAUUGUUAGCCAGGACUGUGGGCAUGAGGAGACAGCCCAGGCUAUCGCCUCCUAUGGCAGUGCGGUCACACACAUCCGGCAGCCUGACCUGAGCAACAUCGCCGUGCCACCUGACCACCGCAAGUUCCAGGGCUACUACAAGAUCGCGCGGCACUACCGCUGGGCGCUGGGCCAGGUCUUCCACCAGUUCCACUUCCCCGCAGCUGUGGUGGUGGAGGAUGACCUGGAGGUGGCACCGGACUUCUUUGAAUACUUUCAGGCCACCUAUCCACUGCUGAAGGCCGACCCCUCACUCUGGUGCGUUUCGGCCUGGAAUGACAACGGCAAGGAGCAGAUGGUGGACUCCAGCAAGCCUGAGCUGCUCUACCGCACUGACUUUUUUCCUGGCCUGGGCUGGUUGCUGUUGGCCGAGCUCUGGGCUGAGCUGGAGCCCAAGUGGCCCAAGGCCUUCUGGGAUGACUGGAUGCGCAGGCCGGAGCAGCGGAAGGGGCGGGCCUGCAUACGCCCUGAAAUCUCAAGAACGAUGACCUUUGGCCGCAAGGGUGUGAGCCACGGGCAGUUCUUUGACCAGCACCUCAAGUUCAUCAAGCUGAACCAGCAGUUUGUGCACUUUACCCAGCUGGACCUGUCGUACCUGCAGCGGGAGGCCUAUGACCGGGAUUUCCUUGCCCGCGUCUAUGGGGCUCCCCAGCUGCAGGUGGAAAAAGUGAGGACCAACGAUCGGAAGGAGCUUGGGGAGGUGCGGGUGCAGUAUACGGGCAGGGACAGCUUCAAGGCCUUUGCCAAGGCUCUGGGUGUCAUGGAUGACCUCAAGUCAGGGGUUCCCAGGGCUGGCUACCGGGGUAUCGUCACCUUCCAGUUCCGGGGCCGCCGUGUCCACCUGGCGCCCCCACAGACAUGGGAGGGCUAUGAUCCUAGCUGGAAUUAGCACCUGCCUGUCCUUCCUGGGCCCCUCCCUGUCACAUCAUGAGCCGAGGUGGAACCAUAGUCCCCAGGCUGCAUCUGCCUGCCUGUGUUUCCCUCUUAGGUGCAUUUAUGUUUUUGAGUUUUCUGAGUGGCAUUUGAGUGCACAAAUGAUAAGGUGAGGAUUAUUCUCCCGUUCUCAAGGGAGUCAGAUCAGGGGAACUAUUCUGGGGUAUGUUAGGGGGUAUUAAGCAGGAAACCACUGUGUGGCAGGGGGACGCUGGGCUUGUUUGAGCCAGAAAUGUCCAUGUCCUGAGCUUUCUCCUGGAGCAUGUGCAGAGUUUGACAGUGUUUGCUCUCUUGACCAGACACCUUCUCCCUGACUUGGCUCUUCUAGCCAAGGCAUGAGUCCUCCUUCCAUACCUGUUUCCCUUCCCCUAUUGGGGGCUGGGUUAUGGGAGAAGGGGACAUAUUUGUGGCCAAAAUGAUACUAACCAAAGGGACUUCCUUAUCAGGGCCUGGUGGAGUUGGUGGGUCAUCAGGGCUCAUUGCCUCCUCCCCUUCUCUCCUGUCUCUGACCCCCACUUAGCCUUUCUCUCUGCAGCCUAGCAGUUUAUGGUUCUGAGAUGGAAAGUUGAAGGAGGCAAGCAAGACCUCGCCUCAGCCCAUGCCCAGCUGUCAGGGGAGAGGUGCAGGGAGGAAGGCCUUGGAGCUGGGACAACCCCUCUCUUUCAUUGCUUCAGAGAGGGACUGUGCCCUGACCCCUCCUUUCUGAAAAUCAGUCCACUCCCUGUUGCUCUAGGAGGCUCCUGCUGGCUUGGUAGGAGAGACAUUCAAUCUGUGUAUCCUUUUUUCCCUUGGGGUUUCGCACACAGGCCCCUCCCUGCAGGCUGUGGCUCUUGUGGCUCUCUCAGCAUGAGGUGGAGAGGCAGACCAAGUGAAGCAGUGACCAGGAUGUUUCCGGCCCAGUGCUGCCCAGCCUCCCUACCCGUUCCCAGGCGCCUCAUGUCCUCACAGACCAGGACACCAUGGCAGGGUGGAGAGGACUUGGUGUGUUUUCGUUUCUUGCUUGACCUCAGUUUCAUGAAAGAAAGUGGAAGCUACAGAAUUAUUUUCUAAAAUAAAGUAAAGGCUGAAUUGUCUGAAAAAUA